AUGUCUUCCGAAACAUCAACAAAGCCUACCAUUUACAUGAUCCGACAUGGAGAGAAGCCCGCCCCUCAUCACGGAAAAGAACCGCAUGGACUGUCUGCUCAAGGCAAAGAACGUGCAAACGAUCUCGUCAAUGUCUUCGGAGCGAAUUCGAUCUACAACAUUGGAUACAUCAUGGCCGAAGAGCCUGACCCAGAUGGUGGUCGCGAUCGUCCUUGGAAGACUGUGGAGCCGUUGGCAGACGCGCUUGGGUUGAAGGUCGAUAAAACGAUUAAACGGGAAGCUCACCAUAAAGCUGCAAAGCGAGCUACACACUAUGAGGGCCCGGGAAACGUACUGCUUUGCUGGGAGCAUAAAUCUCUCGAGGGUAUCGCCAAGGCGAUUGGUAUUCAGGGUUACGCAGCACAGACUGGAUGGACUGGCGAAGUGAAGUAUCCUGGGGAUAGAUUCGAUCUAAUUUGGGUUGUGCCGCCUCCGUACACGGAGAUCACUGUGGUAGGAAGUGAGCUGGUUCCUGGCUUGGAUGAUGGAGUCCACGUCAACGCCAAUGGAGAUGUUCCCCCUCCUUCGGCUAACUGA